UCAUUAAUUAACUUUCACUAUGGGACAAAGGUUGAGUGCUUCCCACAUCGUUCUCGCCUUUGCUUUGUAGGUUUCUGCUUUCUUUCUGCUUGCUACUUUUCUGGAUUGCGCUAAGGUUUUCUUUGUUAACAGCAGACGGGCAGACAAUGGAACCAACAGUUAGUGACCUGAGUGAUCCUCUGAUCAACCACACCGAGGGACAACUCUUCCUUCAUGAAGCCUUCAAAAUUAUUGUGGAGGAGGUGCUCUGCAAAGGCACGGAUGUCAAGGAGAAGGUGUGUGAAUGGAAAGAGCCAGAGGAGCUGGCCCUUCUGCUGGAUCUGGAGCUGAGAGAGAAGGGGGAGCAAAAGGAAAAACUCCUACAGAGAGUAAGAGAUGUGGCCAAGUACAGCGUUAAGACAAGUCACCCGCGGUUCUUCAAUCAGCAGUUUGCUGGUGUUGACUAUCACUCUUUGGCUGGACGUUUCCUCUCCGAGGCUCUCAACACUAAUCUCUUCACCUAUGAAGUGGCACCAGUCUUUGUGCUGAUGGAGGCCGAGGUGCUCAGGGGGCUCCGAGAGCUGGUGGGCUGGACAGAAGGAGAUGGUCUUUUCUGCCCCGGAGGGUCCACCUCAAACAUGUACGCCCUGAACCUUGCACGCUACAGACUCUACCCAGAGGUUAAAAGCCAGGGCCUGUGGAGUCUCCCGCGACUGACCAUCUUUACAUCGCCUGAGAGCCAUUACUCUGUGAAGAAGGGAGCUGCGUUUAUGGGGUUUGGAAUGGACAAUGUGAUCUUUGUAAAAGUGGAUGACGGAGGUCACAUGAUCCCAGAAGACCUGGAUGAAAAAAUAAAGCUUUCAAAAUCUCAGGGUGCAGUACCACUCUUUGUGAGCUGCACGUCAGGGACCACAGUGCAGGGGGCUUUUGAUCCGCUGGAUCGCAUCGCCGAUGUUUGUGACAAGCACAAGCUCUGGCUGCAUGUUGACGCUGCCUGGGGAGGAAGUGUGCUGUUUUCCAAGAAACACAGACAUCUGAUGAAAGGAGUUAACAGGGCGAACUCUGUAGCCUGGAAUCCACACAAGAUGCUGGUGGCUGGUCUGCAGUGUUCUGUUUUGCUGCUUAAGGAUACCACGAACUUGUUGAAGAAGUGCCACAGUGCAAAUGCGUCGUAUCUGUUCCAGCAAGACAAAUUUUACGAUGUGAAUCUGGACAUCGGGGAUAAGUCGGUGCAGUGCAGCCGCAAGGUGGACUGUCUGAAGCUGUGGCUGAUGUGGAAAGCUGUCGGCUCCACCGGAUUGGAACAGCGUGUAGACAAAGCUUUUUUUCACACAAGGUAUUUAGUGGAUCAAAUGAAGAAACGAGAUGGGUUCCAACUUUUGAGGGAGCCAGAGUUUGUGAACGUGUGCUUUUGGUUCAUCCCACCAAGUCUGAGAGGGAAGGAAAAAAAUGCAGACUACCAGAACAGACUGGCUAAGGUUGCGCCAGUGAUCAAGGAACGCAUGAUGAAACAGGGCACUAUGAUGGUCGGCUACCAACCUCUCGGAGACAGGGUCAACUUUUUCCGCAUAACCAUACUGUCUCCCCUGAUUUCGCAAAAGGACCUGGAUUUCUUCCUUGAUGAAAUUGAAAGACUGGGAAAUGAUGUGUGACAAAAAAAUUAAUUGUAGCCACAAAUUGUGGUGAACAUAAAGCGUAUUUACUACUGACGUACCACUUACUGUAAAAGUCUAGUUGUGAAAAUCAUCAUGCAGCUCACUACAUAUCUGAAUAAGUAAAUGCUGUUGUAGCCUGUCUUGUUGUCUUACAGUUUAUAUUAAUCUGUAUUUCCUGUAAAUUUGUCCGCUAACUUAA